AUGGAGUCGGAUGAGUUAGGGAAGGCAGCAUUACAAGUGAAAGUGAAGGAAAAUGAUCCGCGCAUCACUCUGACAGAGCUUUCGGGCAAGUCUGGAGUACUAAAGAAGUUUUUCAGACUCGAGAGUGAUGGCAUUAAAUCUCUGUAUGCUGCCUUAUGGUUGUCAUGACGACAAGCUCCUCAUCAAACAGCGUCCGGGCUUGCAACUGCAGCAAGCGACACGGUCAGAGUAAUCGAGGAGAUAGCUGUAAUUUCAUCUGCGGUGAUCAUGCAGGAUAACAGGAAUGGGAUGAUUCCGUUCCCACCCCCCAUCAGCAGAGACAGGGUAAUCGGGGAAUUCCCAAAGUGCUACGCACCUAAUGCCUCUCUGCAGCUGAAGACAGACUGGGACAUUCAGACUAAAGCAGCCUGUAAAGACGGAGCAGCCAGGCAUCAGCCGUGGGACCGACAGAAAAUGUCAAAAGUGGUGGUUGUUGGAGACCUUAAUGUGGGGAAGACGUGUCUCAUUAAUAGGUUUUGUAAAGAUGUGUUUGAGAGAGACUACAAGGCCACCAUAGGUGUAGACUUUGAGAUUGAGAGGUUUGAGAUAUCUGGAGUACCCUUCUCCCUACAGAUCUGGGACACUGCUGGGCAGGAAAAAUUCAAGUGCAUCACUUGUGCAUACUACAGAGGCGCUCAGGUCAUUAUCACAGUCUUUGACAUGGCAGACAUUAAGUCCCUGGAUCAUACAUGCCAAUGGCUGGAGGAGGCCAUGAAAGAAAAUGAACCUGACUCCUGUUUCAUCUUCUUGGUUGGCACUAAAAGUGACCUGCUGCCCUUAGAAGAAAGACAGAGGACAGAAAAAGAUGCUGCCAGGAUAGCAACAGAAAUGCAUGCAGAGUUUUGGGCUGUUUCGGCUAAAACAGGGGAGAAUGUGCAGGGAUUUUUCUUCAGGGUGGCAGCUUUGGCCUUUGAGAAGUGUGUACUAAAAGACAUGGAGAAUGGAGUCCCUGCUAGCAUUGGACGUGGAGGAGAUAGUAUUAAAUCAGAUCGUGCCAACCUGGAGGGGGCAGCACCCCAAGACACGAAGAGAAGCUGCUGCUCAUGAAAAGAGGAACUCUUAACGUGAUCUGUUAAGGAGCAGAACCAGAUGGAGGCUCUAUUCUGAGCUUUACCUGCAGAAAUAAAAGUGGCCUUGUUCCACUGGUGUGAAAUGUGCCUUAGGACAUGUUCCAUUAGGUUCCCAAAGGGACAGUUCACCCCAAAAUCAAGUUGCCAAGUGUUGGAGAUUUUGGCUGUAGAGAUGUCUGCCU